CUGCUCGGUGGGCAAAGUGGGGGGGACGUCGGAGGAGGCGGCGGCGGGAGGAGGAGGUGGAGGAGGAAGGCCGGGAGCCAGGGCCGGGCACGCAGCCGCCGGCAUGCUGCAGAAUGUGAAUCCCCAGAACAAGAUUCUGGGGGAGGGAAAUGCCGGGCUUAUGGGUUUGGCGACGGAAUCGACCCCGGGCAAACGCAUCCGCAAACCCUCGCUGCUUUACGAGGGCUUCGAGAGCCCCACCAUGGCCUCGGUACCGGCCCUGCAGACCCCCCAGGCGAACCCCCCUCCGCCAGAGGUCUCGAACCCCAAAAAGCCCGGCCGGGUCACCAACCAGCUGCAGUACCUGCACAAAGUGGUGAUGAAAGCCCUGUGGAAGCACCAGUUCGCUUGGCCUUUCCGUCAGCCUGUCGACGCAGUCAAGCUGGGUCUGCCGGAUUACCACAAGAUCAUCAAGCAGCCCAUGGACAUGGGGACGAUCAAGCGGCGCCUGGAGAACAACUACUACUGGGGGGCGGCUGAGUGCAUGCAGGACUUCAACACCAUGUUCACCAACUGCUACAUCUACAACAAGCCCACAGAUGACAUCGUGCUGAUGGCCCAAACCCUGGAGAAGAUCUUCCUGCAGAAGGUGGCUCAGAUGCCGCCUGAAGAGCAGGAGAUCGUGGUCCCGGUGGCCAAGAACAGCCACAAGAAGGGAGCGUCACGGGCAGCAGCGCUCCUGGCCGGCCUCACAGCUGCUCAGCAAGUGCCGGCCGUGUCCUCCGUGUCCCACACCGCUGUCUACACCCCGAGCCCCGACAUCGCCACCACCAUCGUCAACAUUCCCCACCCGUCCGUCAUCUCCGCUCCGCUCCUCAAGUCGCUGCACUCCGCUGCCCCGGCCGUGCUGGCUGCGCCCGCGCCCACCCAGCCCGUGGCCAAGAAAAAGGGCGUGAAGCGGAAAGCGGACACCACCACCCCCACCACCACCGCCAUCAUCGCCACCAGCGGCGAAUCCUCGCCCUCGGCCACGCUGCUGGAGGCCAAGGCGGCCAAAAUCCCCGCGCGGCGCGAGAGCGGCCGCCCCAUCAAACCCCCCAAGAAGGACUUGCCGGAUUCCCAGCAGCACCAGACCUCCAAAAAGGGCAAAUUGUCGGAGCAGCUCAAAUACUGCAACGGGAUCCUGAAGGAGCUGCUCUCCAAGAAGCACGCUGCCUAUGCCUGGCCCUUCUACAAGCCGGUCGAUGCCUCGGCGCUGGGGCUGCACGAUUACCACGAGAUCAUCAAACACCCCAUGGACCUCAGCACCAUCAAGCGGAAGAUGGAGAACCGGGACUACCACGAUGCGCAGGAGUUCGCUGCUGACGUCCGGUUAAUGUUCUCCAACUGCUACAAGUACAACCCGCCCGACCACGACGUGGUGGCCAUGGCCCGCAAGCUGCAGGACGUCUUUGAGUUCAGCUACGCCAAGAUGCCCGACGAGCCGCAGGACGCCAGCCCGCCCUCGGUGUCCGCUCCAUUGCUCGGAGCCCUCUCCAAAUCCUCCUCCGAGGAAUCCUCCAGCGACGAGGACGAUGAAGACGAAGACGAUGAAGAUGACGAUGAGGACGAGAGCAGCAGUGAGAGCUCGUCGGAGAGCGAGGAGAGCUCCGACUCGGAGGAGGAACGCGCCAACCGCCUGGCAGAGCUGCAGGAGCAGCUGCGGGCCGUGCACGAGCAGCUGGCUGCCCUCUCACAGGGCCCCGUUUCCAAACCCAAAAAGAAGCGGGAGAAAAAGAAAAAGAAGAAAUCGGAGAAGCACAAAGGGCGAGGAGGCGACGAGGAGAGCCGGGCGCGCCAGGCGCAGCUCCGCAAAGCCAAGAAGGGCGGCGGCGGGGGAGCCGGCGGCGGGGGCAGCUCCAAGAACUCGAAGAAGGCAGCGAAAGCGGCGCUGCCGCCUCCGCCUGCGCUCUACGAUUCGGAGGAGGAAGAGGAGAGCAAACCGAUGACAUACGACGAGAAACGGCAGCUGAGCCUGGACAUCAACAAGCUGCCGGGGGAGAAGCUGGGCCGCGUGGUGCACAUCAUCCAGUCCCGGGAGCCCUCCCUGCGCGAUUCCAACCCCGAGGAGAUCGAGAUCGACUUUGAGACCCUCAAACCCUCCACGCUGCGCGAGCUGGAGCGCUACGUGCUGUCCUGCCUGCGGAAGAAACCCCGCAAACCCUACAGCGAGACCAUGAAGAAGCCGGUGGGGAAAACGAAAGAGGAACUGGCGCUGGAGAAGAAGCGAGAGCUGGAGAAGCGGCUGCAGGACGUCAGCGGGCAGCUCAACUCCGCCAAGAAGCCCCCAAAAAAGGCCAACGAGAAGCCCGAGUCGGCGCAGCAGGUGGCCGUGUCGCGGCUCAGCGCCUCCAGCUCCAGCUCCGACUCCAGCAGCUCCAGCUCCAGCUCCUCGUCCUCGGACACCAGCGACUCGGAUUCGGGUUAGACCCCACAGCACCACGCGGGGCGAGAUCCCGGGCGGCUCUGCGGGACCGGGCCGACGUGGAGCGGACUGAGAGCCCCC